CCUUUCAGCCAUGCACUAGACAUUAAAUUUUGGGAGGACAAUUAAGUAGAGUUAACUGUUGCCUAUUCUCCGUGAGGUAGCUUCCCUUUUGAUCCUGCUGCGCCUGGCGCCUUCCAAAACAUAAUUUGUCUGCCUUAUUAAAAUGCUCCAACCUAUGGUGAAGGAUUGCCCGGUGCUUUUCAAAUGAAGCAGCAACAAUCAGAAGGACCAAGACGAGCUGCACGGCAGAAAGACUAGGACCAAUGUAAUAAAUUAGCAAUUACCCUGGUAAGUAAAAUAGGAGACUGAAAGUCGCAGCAAAGUUCAAGAAAACUGAGCGGGGGAGAAGGGGGGGGGGAUUUAAAGAACAAACUCCAGUCUCAAAAACAGCAAAUUAGCCCCUGGAGCAGGCUGGGCUCCCAGCCUCCGCUGCUGGUAGACUGGGGGGCUGCCAGGUUUGUGGCUAGCGAGGGGCCGAUGAAAUAAAUGUUCGGGGCCCAUUGGUGUGCAAAGGCAGGAUUUUGGGGAGAGGUGAAUCCAGCAGGGAAAUGCUAGUGGGGAGUGCGGGGGAGCCGCUCCCCCUGGUGCCAACAAGCGCCCAGCAAUGGGAGAAGAGGGGCUGCUGCCCAACUUGUUAACUGCACUGAACCGUGCUCCCAGAGACGGCAGCCCGGGGGCCACCCGCCGCCCCCGCCAGACGGCACCGGCCUGAGAGUGCAGGCGGCCAAUGGCAGCCCCUCGCCCGGCACGUCACGGGCUGCAGGGGGGAGAUUGGAGGGCGGCCACAUGAAAGAGGAGCGGCAGAACUUUUAUAGCUGUUAAAGUGCAGGAGAAGCCUGCAGGGUCCUUGAGUCCCAUCGCGAGCCUGCCGCCCUGCCUCAAGCAUGGAGCCCGGGACCCCAUCUCCCACCCUGAGCCUUGCACUGGUGGUGCCUGAGCCUGGGGCUGGGACCCUGAAGCCUGGACCCCACCCCUGAGGCUGGAGUUGGGAGCCCUGGAGCCUGGAUCCCACCCCUGAGGCUGGAGCUGGGUCCCUGGAGCCUGGACCCCAGCCCUGAGACUGGAGCUGGGACCCUGGAGCCUGGACCUCACCCCUGAGGCUGUUGCUUGGGCCUGAGCUCUGGGGCGGUGUCUGGAGCCUCCCAGGGUGUGUAUGCCCCCUUGCCCCCAGCAGCAGUUUUAUGGCUCCCUCCUCCCUGAGGAUGAAUCCUUGCCAGAGGUUGCUGAGCCCGGAGACAGCCUGCACAGAGACCAGCAAAGGAGUGGCCGCCCUCGCCAAGGGGAGCCCCCUCUCUGAGGAGGAGCCGCCCAGAAUGGGCUCCAAGGCACCGGGAUGCAGGGGCCAAACCACCUCUAGCCCUCUGCUGCCCUUCAGUGUGGAGUCCCUGCUGAUCACGGAGCGCAAGCUGUGUCCCCGGAGCAGCCGCUCUCACCAGCCACCCCCUGCUGCCACUGCCGAAGUGCCACCUGCCCGGGCCCGGAGCAGCUUGUACACGGCGGAGUCAGGCCAAGAUUUCCCAGAGCAGCGGGCUAAGCAGCAGCCACCAGCGGUGGAGAGUCCUGGUGACAAGGAGCCCAACUCCUGGUUUGCAAAGUCUGCCUGUUCUCCAUCAAGGCAGCCAAGCCCUCCACCCUGCACUCUGAGGAAGCACAAGAACAAUCGCAAGCCCCGCACGCCCUUCACCACCUCGCAGCUGCUAGCGCUUGAGAGGAAGUUCCGGCAGAAGCAGUAUUUGUCCAUCGCCGAGCGGGCUGAGUUCUCCAGCUCCCUCAAUCUCACAGAGACCCAGGUCAAGAUUUGGUUCCAGAACCGCAGGGCUAAGGCCAAGAGGUUGCAGGAAGCAGAGCUGGAGAAGCUCAAACUGGCCACCAAGCCCUUGCUGCCCUCUUUUGCCCUGCCCUUCCCUCUGGGAGCACACGUGGGCUCCCCCUCCCUGUACGGAGCCACCAGCACUUUCCCCAGCAGAGCAACCCUGCAGCCUGUCCCAGGUCUCUUCACAGCGCCAGUCACCUAUGGCAUGUACUACCUGUCCUAACAACCUGGUGCAGGGAACAGGCUGUGUGUGCCCCGGCUUGUGCUGCUGCACAUGGGGCGAGCAGCACAAUAUGUGGGCCUGCAAACCCGCUUCUUCGCUCGUUGCUGAUUGUGGACUAGCCCCCUUCUGACCAGCAUGCACUGAGUGGCUUACAGCUGCCGAGGGUCAGUCCCUGGCUGUGGAACAGCAGGCGAAAAUCCACUCGGAAUAGUGUUUGGGCUUCAACACUGAAGGAUCGCUGCCUCCCAAAUUGUAGGCAAGAAAAAGUUCCUUACCUAUGGGCUCCCUGACUGCAGCACCCUAGUGCAAUGCACUUGCUUCCCAGCCCAGCUGGCACAGGGCUGACUUUAGCUCAACUGUGUCAGGUUCCUCUUAAUCCUGGUGUGAAUCUGAUCCUGUCUCCCAGCCUCUGAACAGGGGAGACCUGAUCACAGUACGACAGGAAGUUCCCAUCUCCUUGUAUUGGUCUCUAAUGGCCUUUCCUCUUAGCGUCUCUCUCUCCCAAGCAUAUCCUAGUCUAGCGGAGCUUGUCCCUGAGUGUUUACAACAACCACAAGUCACUGGUCUCGAUGCUGGGGUUGCAGAGAGCAGAUCUCUGGCCUGUGCUGAUCUGACUGACUCAGCGUGAUGGUACUGCGUGGCCUGAACACCCAUGGAUGCGAUUGUGCUUGAUACUGAUACUGCAGUACUGUGUGAGAAGCCUGGUGCUUCCCCUGCUCCCGAUCAUGCAUGACAGAGCGCAAGGUGUUGAAGGACAACGAGAGUAAAACAGCAGAAAGCAGAGACCGUUCACCCCUGCCCCCCCAACACACGCACAUUCUUCCAGAACCAGCUUGGGUUUGGUUAAUCAGCCCUCCUCAGUGACCUCGUCCUCCCCCCUCCACCCCGACUACCCCUCUGCAAGGCUCCCCCUGGCAUGAAUGAGUUCCAUCCAGUCAUGACUUCAAGGUAUGGGACCAAUGGGCCUGAGUCUACAGCCAUUAUUUCCUGAGCAGCCAGCCCUACGGAGUCACCCCAUUGCGGGAUGGAGCUCUGCCAGGUCCAUGCUGCCUUCUGUGGAGCUGGCAGUGACUCGAGGCCAGGUCCCUUAGCGUUCUCUUGCUGUAAAUAGGGGACAGUCUGAUUUUUGUAUGGGUCACUGGGGCUGUAUUUGAGGAUGCUAAGCUGUUUAUAGGUGAAUGCUCACAGGUAUUCACAGAUGUGUCUAUGCUGUGUGCAUUUCAGCCCAUGUGAAAGACACAAACCUAAUUUCAUGUACAUAGUUUGGGUUUUGUACAGAGCCCUGAAUGGGCUGGGGCAGAAAUCUCCGUUUUGUACAAAGCAGCCAGUCAAUAAAGCCUCUAAGUUAAUCAAG